GGUCCCCAAUGCCAUACAGGCUGGCUGGCUGGCUGGCUGGCUGGCACUAUCCUUUCGGUGGGUCACACACCGUUUGGGGUUCGUAUAAAAGCAAGCAAAUCCAACCGUUAGCAUCAUCAGUCUAGUAUCACCAGCAGCCGAGUUCAUUUCAGCCACAGCAGCUCCAUCAACUCCAGCUCGUCCUUUUCAAACAUCAACACAAUCAACCACCGAUCAACAAUGGCCUUCAAGUUCAUCAUCCUCGCCGCCCUCGUUGCGACCGUCAGUGCCGGUGGCCCGGCCGCUUACUCGAUCGCGGCCCCGAGUGCCGACUUCCAUUCGGUUGGUGCAUCUCACGAGCACACCGUGAAGGGACUGUAUGGCCAGAACGUGCUGUCGCAGUACUCCAAGGCGGUCGAUUCGGCGCACUCCUCGGUCCGAGUACACAGCUCGCGGCUCAGCAACGACGGAUAUGCCCUGGCCGCUCCAGCCGUUAAGUACGCCGCUCCGGCCUACGCCGCCCAUUAUGGUGCCCCGGCCGUACACUAUCCUGCCGCUGCCCACUACGCUGCUCCUGCCGUCCACUACGGAGCCCCGGCCGCCUAUGCCGCUCCGGCCGUCCACUACGCUGCUCACGCCCCGAUUGUUAAGGCUGCGUACCCGGCGGCCUACCCCGCUGCCUACUCGGCUGCUCCGCUUGCCUACAAAGCUCCGCUGGCCGCUCCUGUAGCCGCCGUCCAUGGUGGUGCUGUUGUACAGUUUGCCGGACUCGGUGCCAGCUACGCCUGGUAAAAGGGGUCUUCCACUUCCAACCAGACUGAUCGUGUCACAUCGCAAUUCCAUCCGAGUCACUGGAUCUUCAGACAACGGCGUAUGAAUUUGAAAUACCAAUGUAAUCGUGUCAAAUGUCAACAGCAGUAGCAACAGCAGCAGCAGCAGCAGCAACAACGUAACGAACAGAGGAAAGGGCAUCGGUCCAUAGCAUCACACCACCACGGUAAUUCCGCUACUCUACUCGAGCCAGAACCAAAAACACAGAGAAAAGGAUAAACAUCGCGGGAAAG